ACUUAGCACAGAAUGCUCCGAAAGUCCGCGGUCCUGCUGCUGCUGGCGGCCGCUGCUGCUGCGACUUAUGAAGUGGAGCAGAAUGACUCCUUCAGCCCCAGGAAGGCCAGGCUGGCCGCGCAAAAUUCAGCUGAUGUGGUGCGGUGUUUAAAUAGUGCCCUCCAGGUAGGAUGUGGUGCUUUUGCCUGCCUGGAAAAUUCCACAUGUGACACAGGCGGCAUGUAUGACAUCUGCAAAUCCUUUCUCUACAGUGCAGCUAAAUUUGACACUCAGGGGAAAGCCUUUGUGAAGGAGAGCUUGAAGUGCAUUGCAAAUGGCAUUACGUCCAAAGUGUUCCUUGCCAUUCGGAGGUGCUCCACAUUCCAGCGAAUGAUUUCUGAGGUGCAGGAGGAAUGUUACAGCAAGCUGGACAUCUGCGGCAUUGCAAAAAAGAACCCAGAAGCAAUCACGGAAGUCGUCCAGCUUCCAAGCCACUUCUCAAACAGGUAUUACAACAAGCUUGUGAGAAGCUUAUUGGAAUGUGAUGAAGAGACGGUGGCGACCAUAAAGGACAGUUUGAUGGCAAAAAUCGGUCCGAACAUGGCCAGCCUUUUCCACCUCCUGCAGACAGAUCAUUGUGCCCAAAUCCAUCAGAGAGCAGACUUCAAUCGGAGACGUAUCACUGAGCCUCAGAAGCUAAAAAUCUAUUUCCGAAAUCUGCGGGGGGAGGGGCCUGUUCAGUCCCACAUGAAACGUUCUUCCUCAGAGAGUGUGUGAUGUUCAUUGAGAGAGUGAAAGUGUAGGGCAGCCUUCACCAACCUGGUUUCCCCCCAGGUGUUUUGGACCUCAGCUCUUGGGUGUUGUAGUUCAAAACAGCUGGAGAGCACUAAUUUGGUGAAGGCUGGUGUAGGGAAUCCAAGCUCUACCAAAGUAGGAAAUGUACUUCUUCUUUUCCUUUAGCAUUAAUAAACACCAGAAAUUUACUGUAAUUGAUUUUAAGGAACACUGAGCUAAUCUACACAUUCAAAACAAAUAAUGACAUGUGGUCUAGUCCUCCUAGGACUGAGCUGCUUCAUUGUGCAGAUAGGAGAGUUUCAAAUUUAAAGCACAAUUGCUUGGAUCCACCAAAGUCCUCCUCAAUGUAGCCCCACUGAAAUUAAGGUGCCCAUUGAUUUCAAUGUGUCUGCUCUGGGUAGGAGCUACAGCCCAUAGAUUUAACACACUUAAAAACAACAACUAGCAUAUCUCAGAAAGCUGUUCUAGGACCAUCUCCAUUGACCCCUGGGCUUUUCAUUGACAAGGGGUUUGUGAAUUUUCCCUGCUCAUCUCUGCCAAGAAAUACAAUCCCCUUAUCUGCAUUUUGAAGUGGUAUAGUCCCAGGAAAUUUAUCAUAUGUUUGAAAUGAAUGUAUAGACCAGCCUCUGGAAAACAGGUGGGUUUUGGGGUGAGGGGUAGGGUAUGGUGAGGAUUUAUUUUCUUUUGCUAUCUUCAGACAAGUUGUAUGGACCUGGGAUUUCUGGUUGGGGAGGGGAUCCCUUAAUUCCUGAAAUGGAAAUACGCUCUUUUCUUUCCACUCACCUUCCGAUAAAGAAAUCAAAUGAAUCUGGGGUUUUCUUGAAUGCAAUGUUAACAGCACUUCUUCAGCAAACACCAAACUAUCACUGUACUGUAGCUCAAACGCCAUUGCAGUUUGUGCAGAGAAGGAAUGAAGUAAACUGUUGAAGGCUAAAUUCUGCUGAACUAAGUUGGCAGAUAAAUGGUGGCAAGUCAAAACUACAGCAGUUGCACAGUCUAUAGAUGUCAGUUGGGAAGUCUUCUUAUGAAUGGUGCUGGCCAAGGGCAAUAGGGGUGUCCUAUCUGAGCUUAUGGCCUCAGUGUUGUGCUCUUAAUUUUCUCAAGCCUGAAGUUCCCUUAAAUGCCUGAUUUAUAUCAAAACUUAUUUUGAGUACUUUGUUGACCCUAAAGCAGGAAGGGGGCACCUGUGAUCUUCCAUAAGUUAUUUGGUUCCUGCUCACAUCAGCUCCAGGCAGCUGGGGAUGAUGGGAGUUAUAGUCUAAAUGCACAUUUAGGACCGCAAGUUCCCCACUCCUGCCAUAGAGAGAAACCCAUUGCAACAGUUGCUCAC